CCUCUUUCCCAGAAAAGCACCAUCAUUAAUCAGGGUGCCAGGACAAAGUCCACCACAUUGUUGCGUCCCAACUAAGCCAUGGAUUUCUUCAUCUUCUCCAUGAAAUCUUUCAUUGAUAAAUAAACAAGGUCUCAUAAAGAAAUUAGUGUAUUCAUCAAAAUGGAUUCUUCAACAUCUUGUAUUCUGCUAAUGCUUGCUUCAUUCUGCAACAUGGUCUGUUUUUUCACUACCAAUGCACAAAGUUCAUCUCCAGCCUUGUUUGUAUUUGGUGCCUCCAUGUUAGAUUUUGGUAAUAACAUCUAUAUCAAUAGCACAAGCAAUUGCAGUGUCCCUCCAUACGGCAUUGACUAUCCCGGCCAUUUCCACCGCAAGGCGGUCAGCCGUUGCAGCAAUGGCAGGAACAUCAUUGAUUUCCUUGUGGAAAUGCUUGGAGUACCAUCACCAAAAGCUUAUCUCAGCAUGUCCAAAACAAGAAAUCUGCCUGAAGAAUUCCUAAAAGGAGUUAAUUUUGCUUCUUGCAGUGCUGGAAUCCUCAGGCCUACUAAAGAGGGUUUUUGUAUCCCAAUGGACAGUCAGAUAGACUACUAUUCUUCGGUGUAUGGAACUCUGAUGGAGAAAAAGGGCUUUGUUCAGACUCAACGGUUCAUCUCAAACUCGAUCUUUUUUAUCGACAUUGGAAACAAUGACAUUCUGGUUUAUAAUGGAACUGGUAUAUCAAAGUAUGUGAGCUUAUUGAUAUCUACACUGGAAGGGCAACUGAAGAGAAUAUACAAGUUAGGUGCCCGGAAAUUUGCCUUCAUGGGGACUGAACCAGUUGGUUGCUGGCCAACUUUAAGAGCUAUGAACAAGAACACAGGAGAUUGCGACAUAGAAGUAAAUCAACUCUCAGUUCUGUUCAAUGAGCAAGCUGCUGUUUUACUGCAGAAAAUGCAGUCAGAGUAUGCAGAUAUGAUCUACUCCUUCUUUGAUGCCUACAAAGAAUUCAACAAAUACAUCAAUCAUCCAGAGACUUAUGGGUUUGAGGAAGUAAAGGCAGCAUGCUGUGGAAUGGGAUUCCUGGGAGUAGAGAUUCUUUGCGGUGCUUGCGAUUCAUAUUGUUCUGAUAGAACAAAGUAUCUGUUCUGGGAUAGUUGGCAUCAAACAGAGGUCGCUGCCAAGUUAAUGGCUAGCGCUGCUAUUGAUGGAUUUCCACCCAUUGUGUUCCCUAUUAAUGUGAAGCAGCUCAUUGGCAAUGGCCUCCACUCUCAGAUUUAGAAUGCUCAUGUCUAUCCGUAUGGGAUACGUUAAAAUUUGGUGUGGCAGUUGAAUGUAUCCGGUGAGGCUGUGUAAUGGAUUGUUGAUUUUUAGAUUAUUCAGAGUACUACUUUCUAACA